AUGAAUGUACCCAUGCGAGACUACCCGAGUGCAGUUCAAUCCAGGCAUAACCUCAGAUCUACGCCAGUAGCGUACCGCCCCCAGAAAGCGCAAAACGUACUGACUCUACCUCAUACAUGCACUCUUUUCUCCUCCCUAAAACAAUUUAUCGCAUGCAUGUGCAUAUGCAUAUAUGUGUACGUAGCCCGGAAAUGUGCUAGCCCGAGUAAGACAUUCGAUUGCAAUGAUUAUACUUUAUCGGGUCUCUUUCAAUCUCCACUGCGCUGA